AUGAACCGUUUUCGGACGAAAAAGAAGAACAAGGACGACGUCGCCGAGUCGGAGUCGUCCAAUCCCUUUCGACUUUUCGGCAAAAAGAAGCAACCAGAUGAAGAGCCUAAGCAGGAUCUCGAUCUCACCGCCGUCUUGCCGUCCAGCGACAACUUUCGCACCAGUCUCCUCAUGACGGGCCUAUCCGCACGAUUUUCUAUGCUCCGAGAGCAGGACGAUCCGAAUUCCAUGCUUGGCAAAGCCAGUGACGACAGCGUCCUCUUUGCAAAACGGCAGUCCAGACUUGGGGAGUUCGGCUUGGGAGUUGGCCUGCAUGACAUUGCCGAGGCUGCCUCCCCCAAGGCGGCGCAGUUCGAUUCCUACAUCUCGGAUGAUGCAACCUCGAUCUCGGGAAGCGUCAUGAAUCGCUCCAAGCCUCUCGAGGGAAACAACCUCUUCGGCGGAAGGCAGAAGAUCUACAAGAUCUCAGCCGGCAGCUCCAAAAGCGGAAGAGCUCUGUACGGUGACGACAUUUCACAAUCUGCCUUCCAGAAAUGGAAGCAAACAGAAAGGUCCCGGCACUCGGCGCCGACGGAUGAAAGCACCGAUGCCGAAUCCGAACCGCACUAUGAUGACUUCAACCGUCGCCGGGAGACCAGCUCGACGACCUCAUCCAUUCCCUCGGCAGCCCGCAGCUCGACGGCAGCAACCUCGAUCGCAUCCUCACAACCGGCCUCGUCCGUGUCUGUCAAGGAUUUCUCCACGGCAGGCGCCGUCGUGGGCUCGAUGGGUCAGGUGCCUCAACCCGAUCGCAGCGUUAAUCGCACACGAAGGCUGUACGAGCAAGGUCUCAACCUGGACCUCCAGAACCAGCAAUCCUUUGCCUUGUCGCGCAUCGACACCUUGUCGAGGUCGCGCCUAGUGGGCACUCCCGGAACCCAGGACCUGACCUCUCCCAUAUCUUCCCCCACCAUCUCUUCCGCCACGAACGCAACCUUUGACGACCGCGUCCUGGAGCGCAGGCCAAUCCUGAGCAAGGCCAGUGCCCCCAACCUUAGAUCGUACAGCCCGCCCGCGACCGGCUUCGCUCACCCCAGCCCGGCGGAGAGCAACAGCGGCUUCGCCCGACACGAGCAGAGGCCUGUCUUUGCAGCCAGCCCGCCAUUGAGCCCACCCGUGAGCGAGCCGGAAGUCCAUCCGGUACUGCCUAACCAGCCGGCUGAACGGGGGAAGGCGACGCCCGCAGAACUGACUGUCCGACCGGCUCCGCAGCACUAUGAGCCGAAGCAUGCCCAACAGCGGCACCAGCUUCAGGAGCGAACCGCGCCGACCAUGAGGAAAUCGACCGACUCGCAGUCCCUCAGGUCCUGCUUGUCACCUCGCAUGAAAGAUGGAGAAAAACGAGAGCCGCAGACGGAGCUGCGGCCCGAGCCCAUCGUUCCAAAAGACGACUCGAUCCCAUUUUUGCUUGACGAGAGCGACGAUGACUCGGCCGAAAACAAGUUGAGCGUACCCUCCAUUGCCGUCCAGCCCAGCCACCCGCGGCCCAACGAUAAGGAGCAUCCCGCAUUCCGACAAUCGGCAUUGCCCACCCCGCUGCGUCUUUCGUCGACGAAAAUGACGACGGAGAAUUCACCACCCGGAAGUGCUGCGUCGGCUGCAGCAAUGGUGAAAAUCGACCCGCCAGCCGAUUCGCCAACCCUCGGUCCGCCGACCGGAUUGAGCGGCAUGGUCCGAUCACACCUGCGGCGUGAUAGUCAAGCCUCCUCCAUGCAAGGUGUCGCCAAUGAGGAGACAAAGACGACACCGGCUGAACCUCACGGUCUCACGCCGGAACCAAGAUCACCGAUGGACAAGCCCGACGAUUUAAAGGAUGACGCUCAACCCGCCGAGGCAGUACCGGAUGAGCAGGACGAGUUCGCCCGCCAUCUUGCCGAUGGUGCGCGGCGGGUUCGUGAGAGGUUGACAUCGUACGUUGAAUCAGACGUCGACCGCUCGGCCCCGGUAACGCCCACGUCCGAGGUGAGCAAGGAAUCUCAGCUUUCGCGCCUCAACAGCGUGAGCAUGUUGCGUUCAAAGUCCAGCCGAAGCUCCCUCUUCGACCGUGAGAGCCGUAAAUCGGCAAAGAUGGACGAACGGGUCCCGGUCAAGAACGCGUCGUCAACUUCUCUGCGGAAGCUUUCUCAGCUUUCUUCCCCAGGCGUCAAUGUUGAAGCGGCCGCGGAACGACAACUGGGUGAGGAUGAACACGCCGAGCAGGAGUCCGCGGCAGGGGAGAAGGAAGAGGGUGUUCAUGCUGCCCUUAGAAUGUUUCGUCAAGCUCGUUGGGAGUUGAAGCGGGUCAAGGAUCCGGAAAUGAUCCGAUAUCAGCAGCCAAAACAGUCGCCGGCCACGGCUUCGGAGCGACCGCCUGCGCAGCGCGUCCUCCCCAACGAAGUGCCUGGACCGGUUCCCACCACGCCCCACAACCGCAGACAGGACGAGUCGAGGGGUGGCAGCCGCCCUCGCGCAGAUUCUCGUGCCGAGUCGGAGCGUGACCGGAGCGGCUCGGAGACGAGCUCCGGCGGCCCGAAGAACAGCCGUGGCGCUCGUCUUCGUGACGGCGCGGCUGCCAACGAGAGGGCAUACGCCCACAAUGGCGCCGUCAGAGCUGCCCGGCCUGCUGUAGGUCUGAGCACAAGGCCUGCCGGGUCGCCGGGAACCGACGCCAGACUCUUCCCGAUGAUCCGUUCCCCGCAUUCGAAUACGGGGGCGCCCACCAGCCCCAGCCGAAGGGCCGUCACUGUCGACGUGUUAUCGAGCAGGCGCAUGGGGAUGAGGCGAGACAAUUCGGAUUCAGGCCACGGAUCGGCCAACGGCCACCAUGACGGCCAAGCACGCUCUCGAUACGGACGCCCGCUGAAUGCAGCUGUUUCCACGCCGAACUUGCGUGUUGCCGCGGCCGCUCCACCUCUACCCCCGAUCAACCCACGGCGAAAGAACGGAUCUGAGCGGUCAUCAUACGGCGUCUCCGAUGAGUUGUCUGGAGGCGCAAGCGUCUCGGACGAAGAGACUCGCCCAAAAAUGUACCCGUACGGCGGACGCAGGUUGAUGGCUGGUGCCAACGGCCGGUCCAAGCAAGGCCACCUGCACAGCGGAGGGACCCGUCGGUCUCCUGUCUCACGUGCAAACGUUCCCGAUGCUAGUCUCAUCGGCGGGAUGAUCUAA